ACGUUUCAUUUCCUGGGUACUAACGGCGUAGCUGCCAUUUUGUGGGCUGUCACAAUCUACAUGCUUCUAAUCCAUCAUCCUUAAAAAGCCUUCCUUUUAUGACGCAGUCGACCCAGUAGAUUUUGAAGGCUUCCUAAUGACGCAGCUGAACAACUUGGACUCAGAACUAGCAGAAGAGCUUGGUGAUUUUCCCGAAGAUGACUUGGACAUUGUCUUCACACCCAAAGAGUGUAGGACUUUGCAACCUUCUAUGCCAGAACAUGGGGUUGAACUGGACUCACAUGUCAGAGACUGCGUUCAGACAUAUAUCCGGGAGUGGCUGAUUGUGAAUCGAAAGAACCAAGGGAAUUCAGAUAUGUGUGGCCUGAAAAACAAGGGAUCCCGAAAAGAUUUUCACAAGAUGCUUCAAAAACAAACGUUUGAAUCAGAAACUGUGGACUCCGGUGAUGCGAACUUUCAGGCAGGGUCCCAGCACGCCCCUGUGCUCCCUGAGGAAGCCUCGAGGACGACCCUUACCUCCUCUGACUUCAACCUGCGCAGCCUGCAGCCGGACCCCUGCCUGGAAAACCUGCUGCAGCACGUCAGCACCGAGGAGUUCGAGAGGCAGAAUGAGGAGGCACGGCGCACCAACCGGCACGCUGAGCUCCUUGCCCUCUACCCCUCUGUGGAUGAGGACGAUGCAGUGGAGAUACGGCCGGUGCCAGAUCGCCCUAAGGAACAUCUGGGAAACAGGAUUUUGGUGAAGAUGCAGACUCUGAAGUUUGAUAUAGAGGUUGAACCUUUGUUUGCAUGCAUAGCUCUCUAUGAUAUAAAAGAAAGAAAAAAAAUCUCAGAAAAUUUUCAUUGUGACCUCAACUCUGAUUUAUUAAGAGGAUUCUUGCGUUCUCAUACACCCUCCACUGACUUGUCUACUCAGGCAAGAUCGGCAGUAUUUUCUGUCACUUAUCCCUCAUCGGAUAUAUACCUAGUAAUAAAGGUAUGUUACAGUGCUACUUCAACACAAUUCUUUCUGUUCCUGGCUCUGCCUGUUGUCUGA